CUUCUUAUAGUUGUUUGUAAGGGGACUGUAGACUGGAGCGGAAGCUCAGAGUGUUGUCCUUCCUUCUACCCGAGUCUCAGGAUGAGGAUCGGUCGCAGUUUGUCUGUAUGUCUCUGAUCAUAUCACACCAGCAGCUCCUCACCCACCCCCCGAAUGCAGUUUGUCUAAGGGCGAUCUGGCUUGAUCUGAGGCCUUAGAGGAGUCCUAAACUGACCACUACAAUUACAAAUAUAAUGCCAGCUGGCUCAUAGAUCAGAUUAACAGGCAUGCCAAAGGAAAAAUAUGAUCCUCCAGACCCACGCAGAUUAUAUACCAUCAUGUCAGCCGAGGAAGUGGCCAGUGGCAAGAAGUCCCACUGGACCGAGUUGGAGAUUUCUGGGCGGGUCAGAAGUCUAAGCAGCUCACUAUGGACUCUGACCCAUCUGACUGCUCUCUACAUCAACAACAACAACCUGAGCCGGCUUCCUCCUGAAAUCGCAAAGCUACCCCAUCUCGUCUACCUAAACCUGUCCUCCAACAAACUUCGCAGCCUGCCAGCAGAGCUCGGCAACAUGGUGACUCUCAGGGAAUUGCUUUUGAACAACAAUUGUUUACGAGUUUUGCCUUAUGAACUUGGUCGGCUGUUCCAGUUGCAAACCCUUGGACUCAAAGGUAAUCCAUUGUCCCAAGAUAUACUCAACCUGUAUCAGGAGCCUGAUGGAACAAGGAAAUUAUUAAAUUACAUGCUUGACAAUCUUGCAGUCCACCCAGAACAACUCCCCCAAAGACCUUGGAUCACUUUGAGGGAGCGAGACCAAAUGAUGCCCACAGCUGUGUUCACAGUAAUGUGCUACAACGUACUGUGCGACAAGUAUGCAACAAGACAGUUGUACGGCUAUUGUCCCUCAUGGGCCCUUAACUGGGAGUACAGGAAGAAGGGCAUCAUGGAGGAGAUCACUAACUGUGAUUCUGACAUCAUCAGCCUGCAGGAGGUGGAAACAGAGCAGUACUACACCUUCUUUCUGGAAACACUGAAAGAGCGUGGAUAUGAUGGCUUUUUCUGUCCAAAGUCUCGUGCCAAACUCAUGUCAGAACAGGAGCGGAAACAUGUGGAUGGCUGUGCUGUGUUCUUCAAGACCGAGAAAUUUGCUCUGGUGCAGAAACACACAGUGGAGUUCAAUCAGGUUGCCAUGGCAAACUCAGAGGGCUCGGAGGUUAUGCUAAACAGAGUCAUGACCAAAGAUAACAUCGGAGUAGCUGUCCUGUUGGAAGUGAAGAAAGACUUGUUUGCUAGUGGUUUAAAGCAGCCUUCAGAGAAACAGCUCCUGCUGGUAGCUAACGCCCACAUGCACUGGGAUCCGGAGUACUCGGAUGUGAAGCUCAUCCAGACAAUGAUGUUCCUGUCUGAGCUGAAGAGCAUCGCUGAGAGGGCAUCGGGAUCCAUCAACUCUGCAUCACCCACGUCAGACACCAGCUCCAUCCCUAUCGUCUUGUGCGCUGACCUCAAUUCGCUCCCUGACUCUGGUGUGGUGGAGUAUCUGAGUAAUGGUGGAGUUGCAGAAAAUCACAAAGACUUUAAGGAACUGCGUUACAGCGAUUGUAUAACCAACUUCAGUUGCAACAGCAAAAAUGGCAAGCCUGAUGGCAGUAUCACGCACAGUUUCCAGCUGAAGAGUGCCUAUGAGGGGAAUCUCAUGCCCUACACCAACUACACUUAUGACUUCAAGGGUGUGAUUGACUACAUUUUCUUCUCUAAGACACACAUGCGUGUUCUGGGCGUUCUGGGUCCACUGGAGACUCAGUGGCUGAAGGACAACAACAUAACGGGGUGCCCCCACCCACACAUCCCUUCCGAUCACUUUUCGCUCCUGGCUCAGCUGGAGUACCAACUGCCCUUACCCCCCCUCAACGGGCUGCAUCUGCCUGUCCACAGCAGUACUGCCUGUGAAAGCAAGACGCUUACAGAGUGAGCCAGCACCAGCAUCCAUCCCAGCACCCUUCCAUCCACUCAUCCAUUCAUCUGUCCAUCUCUUCUCUUCACCAGAGAGACAUGAUGACUACUGAAGUGGACGUGAUCCAGUUAUAAUGUUGUUGUUGUUAUUAUUAAAAUAUGUCAUGGUCAGCAGUGAUAAGCCAAUUUGUUUCGCAGAAAUGGCAGGAUCUUAAAUCUCUCUGUUAUGAAGUUGAGAAAAUUACCAUAGUUUCCCUGGUUAGUGGUAGCAGUAUUUUUGUUUUCUGAUGGUUACUUGUAUACGUUCUCAUUACAGAAAUUCCCACUGAAAAACCUGAAAUAUUUCCUCUUGGCAAAUGGUCUAACUGGACAGUUAUUUUAAUCCAGAUUGAUGAACAAGCAGUAUUUUUAAACUAGUAAUAAGCAUGUGGAAAAUAGCAGUAGUCUUUCAUUGAAUGUGUAUUAUGGCAGCAGGGUUUGAAGUCAGUCUUGAUGACAAAUUCAAAUUAUGGAAGAACUUGCAUGAUUGUAAGAUGAUGUAAAGCAUUGUUUUGCCAAGAACCUUGAGACACAAUGAUUAGAAUAUCCAAAAACGAGCAUUUCCUAAUGUGAUGAUAAGGCUUUAUCACUGGAUUUUCUCAAUAACUUUGAGUCUUUUUUUCAUGCAGUUUUUCCUCAGCUGAGGAAUACACAUUUUGUAACUCUUAUUAAGUCUAUAAACAUAUAUGGUGAUUAUAUGGGAAAAAAAUCUUUCUGUUUGCAAAUGUAAAUGGUGCUACAUGUGGCCCAUUUGUAAAACAAGAAAUUCUCAGUCUUGUUCUAGUCUCCCACCUUAAAGGCAAUAAAGAUGUCAUUUUAAAGAAA